UCAUUCGUACACUUUUCUCUUUCCCUCUAUUUUUAGCAAAUUUAACAAAUUCUGUUUACAAUAAUUUUCUGUAUUUUAUUUAUUUCAUUUCUGGAGUUUUGUAGAAGAAAAUAAAAAUGGCAGGAGCACCAGAAGAUGUACACCCACAAAAGGCAUUUGGAUGGGCUUCUACUGAUUCAUCUGGAAUCCUCUCCCCCUUCAAUUUCUCCAGGAGGGCAACAGGAGAACAAGAUGUGACUUUCAAAGUGUUGUAUUGUGGCGUUUGUCACUCCGAUCUUCACUUCAUUAAAAAUGAAUGGGGGAAUGCCUCUUAUCCUGCUGUGCCUGGGCAUGAGAUUGUAGGGGUGGUUACAGAAGUAGGAAGCAAGGUGCAAAACUUCAAAGUAGGGGACAAAGUUGGGGUAGGAUGCAUGGUCGGAGCCUGCCAUUCAUGUGAUAGCUGUGGCAAGCAUCUUGAGAAUUACUGCCCCAAAGUGCUUCUAACCUAUGGAUCGACUUACUACGAUGGCACCCCUACAUAUGGUGGUUACUCUGAUAUCAUGGUGGUUGAUGAGAAUUUUGCUGUUCGCAUUCCUGAGAACAUGGAACUCGAUGCCACAGCCCCUCUUCUAUGUGCUGGUAUCACUGUCUACAGCCCUUUGAAGUACUUUGAGCUCGACAAACCUGGACUCCAUGUUGGUGUUGUUGGCCUUGGUGGUUUAGGCCACAUGGCUGUCAAAUUUGCUAAGGCUUUCGGGGCUAAGGUUACUGUUAUUAGUACCUCGCCUAACAAGAAGGAGGAAGCUGUCAAUCGUCUUGGUGCUGAUUUCUUUUUGGUCAGCCGUGACCCUCAGCAGUUGCAGGCUGCUGUUGGAACAAUGGAUGGCAUAAUUGAUACAGUCUCAGCAGCUCACCCUCUGUUACCAUUGAUCGCUCUGCUAAAAACUCACGGAAAGUUGGUCAUGGUUGGUGCUCCAGACAGACCUCUUGAGUUGCCAAUCUUCCCUCUGCUUAUGGGUAGGAAGAUCGUAGCUGGAAGUUGCAUUGGAGGAAUGAAAGAGACACAGGAAAUGAUUGAUUUUGCUGCCAAGCAUGAUAUUAAAGCAGAUAUUGAGGUUAUUCCAGUGGAUUAUGUCAACACAGCCAUGGAGCGACUACUCAAAGCAGAUGUUAGAUAUCGUUUUGUCAUCGACAUUGCUAACACAAUGAAAGCUGAAUGAAGAUACAACCAUUUUACUGAUAUUAAGACGGAGCCUAUGAUAUGCUGUGAUUUUCUAUAACAAAGUCUUGUUUGAAAUACUUCAUAAUAAUUUCGGCUGAUCUCAAAACAUUUAUUUUUCAUUUUGUAUGAGAAACAUAUAUGUACAACAAUCAAUGUUUUAAUCUAUCUAUUGAAAUCAGCAUGUUGUCGAAA